CUCUUGCGACCGCUCGCACGCCGCUCGCCUUUGCUCGCCGUCUCGCAUUUUCCAAUUUUUAAUUUUUCCCAAUUUUUCCCUCGCUUUCACAACUUCCCCUGAUUUUCCGCUCCCCCCUCGCGCUGCUCACCUUCUCCGAGCAUCAGUCCUGUGUGUGCGUUCGGAAUUUUCAUUUUUUUUCCCGCGUCGCGUCAUCGCGUGUGCGCCCCGAUCGCGUGUUUACACACGCCGAGGUCUGUUUUCUUUCUCCGUGCACCAAUGUCACCGUUGAUUUGAGUUCUGGUUUUGUGAUCUCCUCUUCCUUCCGCUCGAAAUUCGGUGUGAACCACGGUGAACGCUCUGUUACUUCCGCCUUUUUAGCCUCCCUUUUAUCGCUUUUUCCACCUUUCCGCGCGUAACUUGUGUUGUUUGUGUGAGUGCCCGUUUGGAAAUUGACCUGUGUUCCGAUGUGUCGUUUAUAUACGUGACCAAAGGAUUACUCAUUUCAGCGCUCUGUCAUCUAGAAGUUUGAAUUUGAAAUGAAGAUGAAGUGUGGAUGUAUCAACAGCAGUAGCGUAAGCUACGACCAAUUAACAAAUGGGAUCAGUUUUCCAGAUCUAACGGAGGAUAAAGACUUGUCCACUGAGAAACAGGUGGAAGUAGCUUUUUACAACGACGAUGGAAGUUAUCAAACUGUCGUGGUUGAGAAGAAUUUACGGGCCAGUGACCUUUGCCAAAUUUUAGCUUUAAAAAACAGAGUUGGUUUGGAUAUAAACUGGACAGUGGUUGAACAUUGGGUAGACGUAGGCUUAGAAAGAAGUCUUGAAGAUCAUGAAGACGUGUUUUUGGCACACAGAGAAAUGGAAAUGUAUCCACUCAGAUCUGCCAAACGAUUCGUCUUCCGCAAGGACUUUAGAAAAUACGAGUUUUUCAGAAAUCCACAGCAAUUUUUUCCAGCUGACAUGAUGGACCUUUCGAAUCACAACGACUUUUUACUGUCGAAAAGCAACUCUUCCAUCCUUCAUAAUUUUUUGUCCACUUUAGAUGACUGCCCCGCAAUAUUCAGUCAAAUUUGGCUAAGAGAGCCACACAAACACGUCUGGGCCAAAGCAUUUCUCCUCCUCAAAGGAAACAAACUGUACAUGUCGUAUAAAGUUCAAGUGGUAGCCAAAUUUCUCAGACACUGGAACAGUAGUGUUAACUGUCUUCUGAAUAUCAACAGACAAUCAGAAUCACCUCCACAGGUCCAUGAGGUGGAGGAUUGGGGUCAGCUGCAGUUAUUGGCGGAGCUGAGCGACUACGCGGUCUACGUCUCGCUGAACGCCAAGAACCAGCUGCGGGCGCCCACCGAAUUCGGCCUGUGCCUGCGCCCCAACCGCGUCCGCGCCCACUCGGCCCCCUCGACGCCCCCGACGCCCGGGGCCGCAGAUAACACGGAGGGCCUUCUCUGUCUCGCCUGCGAAUCCGAGAGAAUUCGCACUUGCUGGGCCACGGCCAUGCGCCUAGCUAAGUAUGGCAAGCAAUUACGGAAGAAUUAUCUGGCGUUCAGAAAUAAGCAAGAUCCCAUUAAUUCUAAGGAAUACAAUAGAUACACCGUGCCAAAUGAGAGUGUGCGGUCUAGGGUGGCGAUGGACUUCACGGGGAGCGUGGGGCGGAUCGUGGAGGACCCGAAGGAGGCGAAGGCCAUCGCGGUGGCCGAGGGCAACAGCUGGCGACGGCGCUGGCGGACCAACCCGCGGCCCUCCGUCUCUCGCUCUGGCUCCGGCCUCGGGCAGGCCCUCGAGCCCGGCAUCCACGUCACGCAGCCCUGGUUCCACAGCGGCAUGUCCAGGGACCACGCCGCUCAACUCAUCCAAACCUACGGCACGGUCGAUGGUGUGUUCCUAGUUCGUGAAAGUCGCAGUAGUCCAGGUUCAUUUGUUUUAACUUUCAAGUGUGGCUCAAAAGUGAUUCACUCUCACAUACAACCAGUCAGGGUAAACAAUACAAUUGAUCCUUCCUCUGAGGCGGUUUGUUUCUCUCUGGACAAUGGAGCGACCAAAUUCUAUGACUUGCUGCAGCUCGUUGAGUUUUACCAACUCAAUGCUGGGUGUUUACCCACGAGACUCACACACUAUAUUGUGCAGUCCUCUGCUGGUCCACGUUAUUCAGAUAAAUCCAGUACAGAAUCUUUUUAGUCGGCAUGUGUUUUUGAUGUUUACUUAGGUGACUUUGAUUUUGGAAUCCAUCCGCCAUACUGUGGGAAAAAUAGUUCAUGAAAUUUGAUCCCUCGCUCUUAUCAGAGUUCGAUCUAUUUGUGUCCUUUUAUCGAUGUCCGAUUGAGAACUCUGUAAUGAUUAGAAAGGAUGCACACAGUGAGUUCCUCAAAGAUACCCAGCUAAGGAAGAACGGUAUAUGAGCCUUUGAGCGUUGCAAAUUUUCCUUCAUGAACAAGAGAAUUUCCAAAGAGACUCACAGAUAUUUUUCUUCCAAUUUUUCCGAGAAUUUCAUUCAGCAAUUAGUUUAAAGUCUGAAAAUGUCAAGGAAUAAAUAUUCCUAACUUUUUUUUUAAAAAUUAAUAUUUUAUUGGGGAAAAGGCAACAGCCGAAGGUUCACACAUCGGUUUUCCUUAGCAUGGCAGAAUGUGACAGAACACCAUAAAUCAAUCAUUCUAGUUAUCUGUCAUGCUACAACAAUAUAUUUUUUGAAUAUGCCUGAUCUCUGACUAUUGUGAUUGACUUAUGCUAUUGAAAUUUCAGAAAGUAGCUUUCUGAAAUCAUCCUAAAAAAUCAGUGUGUAUUAAGCACUGCAGGAUUAUAAGGUUUUCUUCGGGGGUAAGUGAUAAAAGAAUCUUGUCAGAAUGUCCUUGGUGAUCAUAGCCUGGAGAUUCUCACCAAAAUUUGCUGCAUCAUUCGGUCAGCUCAUUGAGCCCAAUUUAAAAUUUUCAGUAUCUUCUUCAUCCAUGUGUGGUAUGAAAGUUAAGCACGGUGUUCAUUACAAAAGCAAAAAAGAAGAAAAAAUAAUUAGAAAGUUGUAAAUAUUCACCAAAGUUUCUUUCUCACACUUUUCUGAUAAUAAGUAAGGAUUGUUGAACCGUAAAAUUAUACUGAAAAAUUUUCAAGCCAUUACUCUGGCAGCAACAACUGUUAAAAAAAACCCUUUAAAAACUUGUAGAUUCUGAAAAGAAAACUCUUAAAAAAUUGUUAAAAUGUUCGUUUUAAUGAAUCUUUUAUUGAAUUUUUUAAAGUACGAGAGGCAGUAAAUGGGGCUAAUUGACUCAUGAAAUAUCAACUGUAGCUUUUCAACACCAAUGUCUGAACUUUUUUAUAAAAAAAAAAAACUUUAAAAAGUAGUCAUUUUUCUGAGGACUUUCUUUAAAUUCGAUCUCACAAAGAUUUAAAUUUCACUUCAUUUUAACAAUUUUAUAAGAGUUUUUAAAAAUUGCCACUUAAGAGUCAUUGCUUAUUAGGGUAACCCAUACUAUCCUCCGUAUAAGCUUUAUAUUGUAAACGUUUAAGUGGCAGGGAAUAUAAAUUGUGUGCAGCAAUUUUGGUGUGCUUUUUAUGUAGAAAACAAUAGUUUCGUUUUAGCAUUUAACUGGAGUCAUACCUACCCAACACGGGAAGGCAGGCUAAAGAAGCAAUGAUAUUCAUUAAAAAUCUACGAAUGGAAGGACCACAAUUUCAUUUAUACCACCUAUUGUGGAUAAAUAACUUCCUGUUUUAUCCACUCCCCCUAUGCCUGCGCAUCUGCUUUGCUUAUAAUUACUCAAAAUAUACCUUUUACCUAAGGUAGUUUUCUACGGAAGUAUUCUUUCUCCUUUUUAUCGGAUAAGAUUUGAUGGUGAUACAUAGGUACAUUUUAUUUUAAAUGUUAUUUAAUCUAUCGGUGAUAUUAAUAUACAAUACUAAGCAACCAUAAGUUGUUUGUCAAUUUUUUUUGCAAGCAAUACGCUAUUUUCUAAUUAUUUCUAACACUCAUCUUUUUGUGUAAUUUAUGGUUCUGUUUGAAAUACCCCUAUUCUCCUCAUAUAUAUAUAUACUAUCUUUCCCUCUCUAUUUUCUAACGAUCACAGAUAUAACUCAGGAAAAUUUAAAGUAUGGGAAAGUGGGACCUAAAAUUAUGACGGAGCCAUUCAUAAAAUCAAUUCAUUUACAUAGACUUAUAAAAAUGUUUUUAGUUCCUCAGCUCAGCUCCUCUCAAUUUUAUUUUUUCUAUUUGGCGACGCAUACUAUGCUUCAAAAUUUCCAUUUAAAUUUUGUCCAAGGGUGCUUAUUCUCAUUUCUUCCAUGCUAUUAGGCAGGGAGCUAGUAUCUUUCAUCACCUGCCUGUUUUUUAUUUUUCUUUUCAGUCUAGUCUCAUUUUUUGGCAAAUGCAAGUAUGAGAAACUGAAGUCCAAGAUAGCUAGACACUCUGUUUUGUUUUACAAAAUUUUUCACCAUGAGCAUACACAAAAAAAGUAGGAUGUAAUGUCGAUGCAUCCAAGUGUAAAAUCAUGUGGGAAAAGUAACAGCACUAGCUUGCUUGGUAAUCUCUGAUGGUAAAUUUUAUUUACGAACCAUGGGUGUCUGAAACAAAUAUGUAAUUGUUUCAUGGAACUGUUAAGAUCAUGUUCACUUGAAUGUGCUGCAAAGUUUUCCAACUCAGGUACAUUGAAGCAAUGUGCUCAUUUUUAUUUUUAUGUGUGAAAACAAAAAAAUAUCUCCUGGAAACUUACCUUUUAACUUCACGUCCUUACCUGGAGCGAAAACUUUUGUCAUUCACAAAAUGAGAAGUAGUUUUUAAGAAUUAUCCUCUAACAGAGCUAUUCAUUGUUAUUUAUUGGCUCAUAGUUAAUAGUCUUAAGAGUUUCAAUCAGUAAAAACUUGUCUCAAUGUAACAGAAAUUUUUGAAGGACCAUGAACAUGUCAAGACUGUUUUGUCUUGAUACAGAGUAGCAUUGAAGCUUUAAAUUUUCAGGAUAUAGGUACCUUUUUUCUUCUUCUUUUUCCCCCUCUAAAAUGUAAUUAAAGUCAAUGUAACUGACCAAAAAGUAACAUGGCCUUGUUCAGGAUAUAAUCUACGAAAUUUUAGAUUGCUCUUGAACGGUCUGUCAGAAGUUUCAGUUAACUGGCUUAAAAUUGUGUUUUGUUGGUUGCGUUAGAAGGAGCACUGAUUUGACGGUCUUUAGAGAUUAAGUGGCAAACUUUCAAAUGCACUACAAGAAUUAAUUAAUGGGAAUUGCCUUCACCCGUUUCUAAUUCUUGCAAAGAUAAAAAAAAUGUAGCAAUAACAAGAGGAAACGAGGAGGUGUCAAAAACCAACUUUUUCGAUUUCUCUGGUCUGUUUAGCUGUUUUCACCUCUGUUAACCAUUUGAUUUCUACCUGCCAAACUAUAUUUUCGUGAACCUAUUUUUUUCUUUUUUUUUAAUAAAAAAAAAGAAAGAAAAGCGAAAGAAAGAUAGAGAAAAAUUAUGAUAAAAUAAUAAUAUGAUAAUAAGUGUCUCUGUAAAUGUCUCUGUGAUUUUUUAUUAUUUAUAAAGUUUAUUUAUUAUAUUUUAGUAUACGAAAGUAUCUCAAUGUGUAUGUGUGGUAGAGCGAGAGCUAGUUUGUAAAAAAUCCAAAAAGUAGCCAUAAUAGAGCUGGUGUGUUUAUUUUUGUAUUUUUUACAUUGCUAUAAUGGUGAAAGAGUAUUGUGCUGAAGGUAUUUUCUGACCGAUGCCUUUUUAGUAGAAAUUUUGUACAUGCCCUUAUUGGAUUCAGUAGGGUUAAGUUUCAGCAGUAGUAGUACCACGUAUUAAGGUUGACAUAAAUUAGGAGUUGAAAGACUGCAUGAGCAGGUCUGCUAUCCUUUAAAUCGAUUUACUCCAAAAUAUUUCAUGAUGUCUCAUCGCUUUCUUCUCCAGAAAAAAAUUUGCUCUAUUAAUUAGGGCUAACUAAGCAAGUCUAUUCAGGGCUUAAUUUUAAAAGGAGUCAGUUACAUGGUCGUUUCUCAUUGCUUGUUAGAUUACUUUUUUCAAUUCUGCGAUCGUCUUUUCUCAAAACAUUUUUGCAUGCUUACGGUUAGAAUUUUUGUGAUUUUUUAGUUUGUAUUUUGAAAUGAAAACCCCUAUUUGUUCGACAUUCUACAUGUCCCUUCUUCAUCAGAAAAUGCUUCUCAUCUACUCAGAACAGAGUGAAACAAUGAAUUCUGUCCCCUAAUGAUUCUUCCAGCAAUGAUAUUUUGAAAUUCAUGCCAAGGCAUCAAGAUGCUUGUAAGCAAUUUUUUGUGACAAGAUAUCGAUUGUAUAAUAGAUAGUUUUAAUUUCAAAAUUAUGAAAACUCAAUUACAUUGGAGUAGAAUAACUAUAGCAUGGAUAUUAAACUGUGUAUGAUUUGGAGGACUUAUGAAGAAAAAUCAGGAUUAAAGGGAGAAAAAUUUCUUAGGAAAAAAGCAAAGUGAAAAUAGAGGAGUUAGGUAUUCAUAAAAAAAGUUGUUGAAUUUUCAGUUCCUCCAACGAAUUAUAUUUUAACUGGCCUAGUUUUCCCAUUUUACGCCUUGAAUUUCAAAGGUAUUUUAAGAGUAAGGGCGGGACCCAAAACGUAAAUUAUUGAAGUAAGUUACAACAAGGCUAUUUAUCUCAUUUUCGAUACUUAUGUAGUACUGAAAAGAGAAUAAAACUAGAGCUGAAACAGAGAAGUUUUUAUCCGUGUCUUUUUAGGAGUUAUAGUCGUAAAAAUUUUGAGAGGCUUCUGAAGCACAAUAAUGAUUUUGGCAUUUUAUGUUGCUGAAAAAGUUUGAUGUGUCGAGUUCAGCUGCUUAAAACAUUUUUCUGAUGAGAACUUGAAUGGAGCUCUUGUGAGUAUCAGAAAUUUGCGAUUUAGGUACUUACUCACAUGUAAAAUUUUGCAAAAAAACAGAUCAGUACCACUGGUUAUCUCUGAACUAGUAAGGGAUCCUCUCAACUUUGAGGGCUUUUUUGAGCUUAUGAGUUCAAUCAGAAAAACCCCGUGAUUCUAUUUUGUUUUUCGCAAAAUUUUACAAAAGGAUAAAUGCUUGGAUUGCAAAUCCCUGACACAUGCAAGAGUUCCAUUUUAACUAACCAUCUUACAUGCUCUCUCUCGACCGAUCGAUUUUAGAGAAGAGGGAUAUGUUGGUCUUAUUUCCAAUGGCUUGAUUGUUAUUGUUAUUAUAAUUGUUGUUGUUGUUAUUUUUUUUUAAUUUUAUUGUCAUCAUGCUAAUUUAUUUUUGAUCCUAAGUCAGACUGUGACAAGAGGCAUGCAUGCCUCCAACGAUUGACAUCGCAUGUGAUAGGUGUCGCUUGUCAGUUGCUAUUAUUUCUCUGAAUUCAGGAAUAGCUCUUUGAGGUUUGCAGAGACUCUAAAUCAUCAUUCAGAGAUAUUGUUGCUAUCCUGACGUGAGGGAGGCUCUUUGAUCGGAGCCUUAUUGUCCAUGCAACUCCAUGUGUUUCGAGGUCCCUUACGUCACAGUAGCAACAGUAUAUCCUUUGCUGAGAGUCAAUCAACAAAUUUGAAGUUGAGGAGCCAAUUAUGAAGUCUCCAAUUAUCACUUCUAACAGUUAGGAGACGGUAAGAACUUUCUUUCCUCAAAAAUUAUCACGCUUCAAACAUUAACCAAGCGCAAAUUUGCUCGAAAGAGCUUUUUUUGUCGGACUUUAUGAAUGUGACACAUGAUAACUUUUUGCUUGGAUACUUGUGAGUUUAUCUUUCAUUUUUAAAUGCUGAAAAAUUUGUUGAAAUCGUUUUUUCUCAGUUUUACAAAAAGUGAAUGUAAUUAAUUAUUUUUUCUUUUUAUUUCUUUAAUGCAGCCAAGUUUGAAAUGCUGAGAUAAAAGGGAAAAGAGCUAAUGUAGCGCAGACCUAAUUUAAUUCCACCAAAUCACAAGCCAAUCAUUAGAAUUUGUCACAGCAAUUUAGGACCUAGAUCUUUUCUCAAUCAUUCUGAUUUCAUUUCCAUGAUCAUGUGGUCGAAGAUAAGCCAUCGAUAUUUUAUAGUCUCUGUCAUCAUUUCUUUUUGUACUUUCUAAUUUUAAUUCACUUAAUAUAAGUAUACUUUAACUGUCCAAAACAAAUUCAGUCUCAUCUCUCCACUAACUUUUAAUUUUAUUGGGUACCAAUGAGAUUUAGUGUAAGAAAAUUUGCACUCUUUAUAUGUUAAGGAACAUUCUCAGUAUUAUGAAGCAACAACCAAAAAAUGUACGAGUCUUUUAAGUAUAUUUAGCUUAGCACGUUAGAAUAUCUUUUUUGUACAGAUCUUUUGAAUUAAAGGCUGUAAGAAUUUUCUCCUUCCUCUUUGCGUAACGAGUAGAGAAUUUUCAAGGGCCUUUCAAACCUUGGCUUUCAAAAUAUUUGUUUUCGGAGAUCUUUAAUUUUCUCUGCUUCUAUUUGUGUUUCUUUGCCACUCUCACCCACAGCAAUUUCAUCCAAAUUUUUAAUUUUUAACUUAUUUAGGUAUGUAAUUUUCCCCCUCUUUUUUUAAAAGAAAAAAAUAGAUGUUUAAGUUUAGAAAAUUUAUCACUAACAAUGUAAAAAAUUUCUAUGUAUGACAAAUGAUUAAAAUUUUGAUCUCAUAAAA